AUGGCCUCCAUCAGGCGGGCUCCUGCAUCCCGUGUCUCUGCUCGCCUGACGGGACCGUACCUGGGACUGUGUGUGACCCAGAGACUGGACAGUGUGUGUGAAAACACUGAGGGACCUCGCUGCGACUCGUGUCGCCGUGGUUACCACAGCCUGGAGAGGAGGAACUCCUUGGGGUGUCUGGCGUGUGCGUGUGACGUCCGCGGCACCCUGGAGGGGGGUGUGUGUGACCCCGUCAACGCCCAGUGUCCCUGUAGGGAGGGGGUGGAGGGUGCCCAGUGUACACGCUGCUCCCUACACUACUACAACACGACCUCUGACCUCUAUGAUGACCUCACACCUGACCCCUACUACAACACGACCUUUGACCCCCAGUGGUCAUCCCAGGGGUGUGUUCCGUGUGUGUGUGACCCCACAGGAACAGUGGAGGGGACGAUGUGUGACGCGGACACCGGGCAGUGUGUGUGUGUGUCUACGCGCCACGGAAGGGACUGCGGUAGAUGUAGGCCAGGUUACUUCCUCUCUGUGUCAGACUUGGGGUCUGAGGUGAGCGUGUGUGUGGAGUGUGACUGUCACCCGGUGGGCUCGUCGGGACAGGUGUGUGGCGGCCAGACGGGGCAGUGUGUGUGUGUUGACCCCUCUGUGGGAGGACGCAGGUGUGACCAGUGUCAAGAGCUCCACUAUGGCUUCAACCCUGGCCUUGGCAGCUCCUAUCCAGCAGCCCAGUCCAGUAGGGUUAGUCCUGACCUCUACCUCCAUCCGCCUGACCUGGAGGCCCCCUGA